UUUCGUCAAUUUUGCGAAAAGAUACAUUUUUGUCACAAAACUACAUUUCUUCAUUGAUUCAACGUUGUUUUGCAAUUAAAACGCAAAUAAGCGAGUUGUUAGAUAUAUUACGCAUCGCAUACUGUGAAAUCACCGAUAAAAUGAUUGAUUAUGUGAAUCAUUUGAGCUGUGAAUACUCCCUUCCUCUCGCUCUAGGGUGCAAUAAAAAAUAUGGAUAUCAUAUACAAAUGAAAUCAAAUGUCCAGAAGAAAUUAGACUUCUCAAAAAUCUCAAAAAUAUUUACAAUUCUAAAAGAAAAUGAUGCUUCAGUAAUAAUGACAACUAAAAAACUGAUGGUUGACAAUCAAACAUGCAAAGAAAUUUGUGAAGAAAUUUGUAUAAUAAGCAAUGUAUUACUGGAAGGCCUGAUCGAAAAAUUACAGAACCAUAAAAAACCACUCAUGAAGCUUUGUAGUUAUAUUGCCGAAUUAGAUUUUAUUAGUUGUAUUAGUGAAAUAAGUAGUCAAAAUGGUUUUGUGAGGCCUAUUUUUGGAUCGCAACUAUAUUUGAUUGACUCAUAUCAUCCUCUGUCAAUAUUGUCAGGAAGUGAAAUGUGUGAAUGUAAUGACAUCGUUUCUUCUGUUUCACAUAAUUUUCAAAUGAUUACUGGACCAAUUUUGUGUGGUAAAACAACUUAUCUAGAACAAGUUAUAACUUUGCAAAUUUUAGCUCAAAUUGGAUGCUACGUACCAGCUAAAAUGGCUAUGUUUCGCUUGAGUGAUAGAAUUUUUUGUCAUAAUUCAAGUAAUAUGCAUCAGCUAAAAAAAUUUGAAAGCGAGAUAUAUGAAUUAAAUCAUAUCUGUGAUUCAUUGACUCCAAGAUCUAUAGUCAUUAUUGAUGAACCGUUACCUAAUAUAUUCAAUAUCGAGGGAGAAAGUACUUUAAUGGCAUUAUGUUUGAGAUUAUCAUCAUCAACAGCUUUCACUUUUUGUACUACUCUUCAUUCAUGUUUACUAGAUCUUUCAAAAGAUAUUUUAAAUAUAACAAGUUUGUAUUUCAACUCGGAUAACCCAGAAGCAAGUAAAGCAUAUUCAAAUUCACGGAAGAUUAAAGUAGGUGUGAUAAAAUGCCCAAUUCGAUCUGCGUCCAUAAUAAAUUUUACUAACUUACCUAAAUCAUUUACUCGUGAAACUUCACAGAAAGUAAAAGAUUUUUGGAAUACUUGUAAGAACGAGGUUAUUAUAUCAACAAAAAACUACCAAUCAGUUUCGCAUAAAAUUUACAGUAUGAUGGCCAAAUUGUACCAUCAAUUGUCCAUCAAAAUUCAUUCGGAAAAUCAGAUUCAAAUGAUACCCCGAGAAUUGAUCUACAAGAUUUUUUUGUGUAAUGAAAGAAAAUAUGUGCAAAAAGCAAUAAAUUCCAAAUACAGCGAAACAUAUGAGCAACUGGAUUAUAAUAUUCUCAAAACAUGA